CCUGACUUUAUAAAAUCGAUCAUCCAAUUCCAGAGAAAUAUCUUGUGAAGACUGAUUGAGGAUCAUGGCCAGUAGUUUAAAUCGUUGUGAAAUCUAUGAUGAUCAGAUUAUCAAUUCAUCAGAAGUUUCGUGUUCCGAAGUAGACCAAGGGCUAUGUGGAGAUGGAAAAGAACCCCACAAUAUUUCAAAGGGAACAGAAAACUAUAUUACUAGUUCCAUUUGGGAAAACAAGUUACCAACCGAAGUCCAUCAAAUUUCAAAGGUUUGCUUAAAACAUAAUGAGACAUACGAGCUUUUCUGUAUAAAACACGAUUGCCCAUGCUGUAAGAAAUGUGUGAAGUCUCACAACGAUUGUAAAGGUUUAACCGAUAUUAAUGAAAUCAUAAAACACGUCAAAACAUCCAACGCCAUCAGCGAAAUCGAACAAACCCUACAGGAAGUUGUUGAGAAUAUUAAACGAAUCAGUUGUAACCGGGAAGACAAUUCAGUAUAUCUACAAAACAAGAAAAGAGAAAUUGAGAAAGAAAUAAAACAAACCAGGACAAAGAUAAAUCUUCACCUCGAUAAACUUCAGGAGGUUUUAACGAAAGAAUUAAUGUCAACAGAACAAAAAGAAAGUAGCAAAAUUCGACAACUGCUGACAACUCUGACAAAGAAAGAACAAGAGAUGUCAAAAUAUCAAACAAACUUUGCUCAUAUAAAACAGUAUGGAUCGGAGCUUCAAACUUUUUUGUCCAUGAAACAACUCGAAAAAGAUAUUGCAGUCGAAGAAGAAUUUAUUCAAUCUCUAACCAAAGAUAGCAUCACGAAUCAAGUCAAUAUUUCAUUCCGAAUUAACAAGUCGUUGCUGGAAAUCACAACCAGCUUGCAGAGGUUUGGAGAUAUUAUUGUCAGUUCUGAUAACUGCAAUGUGUUAAUUAAGAAACGGAAAGACAGAAAAGCCCAGAUUAUGGUAGUCCCUCUUCCAACCAGACAUAUUGAUAACUUAACAUUGACUUUACAGAAACGUAUCAGUACAAAUAUGGCAAAUGUCAAAGGUUGUUCUAUGCUCCCUGGUGGUAGAAUGGUGUUUUCCUGUUAUUCCAAAAGCAAAAUAGGAGUAUUCAAAUCAGACGGAUCCGUAGAUUUUGAAAUAAAUAACGUCGGUGAUACGUUUGAUGUGGUAUUUAUCGGUGAUGACUCUAUUGCUGUUACAUCUGGGGAAUCAUUUAACAUAAAUAUAAUCGACUUAAACAAACAACAACUGACUAAAACAAUAAAAGUAAAGUCAAACAAUGACGGUGUGGCAUACAAAGAUGGACAUUUGAUUUAUUGUUCCAGAAAGAAAGGACUGAAAAUGAUUAGUCUAAGUGAUGAAUCCGUUACCAAUGUUACCAAAAAAACAAUUCCUUGGCAGGCUCAUGUGACAACAUUCGGUGAUAAACUGUUCUAUACAAACGAUAUCAAACACAGAGUUACAUGUUGUGAUUUUCAUGGGAACAUACUGUGGAAGUUCUGUGAUACACGUGUUCUGCGUGAACCGUGUGGCAUCUCUGUAGACAAUGAUGGUAAUGUGUUUGUUGCCGGUUAUCGUUCUGGCAAUGUGGUUGUCAUUUCUCCUGAUGGACAGCACCACCGACAACUUAUAUCUCAUGACGAUCAACUUAAAUACCCACAGGGUCUGCACUAUGACACAUCUUCCAAUACACUAUUAGUGGCAAAUUACCAGUAUAACGCGGUCGUGUAUAAUGUUAAAUGAUAAAAUAUUUUAGUAUAAAACUUGCAUAACAAACAGUUGCAUUGUUAUGGAUAACUGACUAGAUUUCAAAUGAAUAAUUUGUUUUGAUCUGAUUAUGUACUUUGAAAGGAAAUGUAUUUGCUAUACUCAUAUAAAUCUUCAUCUGUAAUGACAAUUAUCAUAUUUGAAAUAUACUUUGUCAAAGAA